GGUUUUGGUAAUUUUGAGAUGAUUUUGAAUUACUUUGUCAUAAAUAAUUUUAUUUGAGCAUACCAGAACAUAACUUAGAUUUAAUUUUACUCUGCCUUUUUCUGCCAUUGUCAUUGUCAGUUGUCACAACACAAUUAUUUUUCGGUUGUAAAAUUUUUCAAAGGCGUGCGAUGCACUUACAAUUAAUUUCAAUUCGUUUAGCUAAGUAAGCAACUUAAAGCUUAUAAGUAAAACAUUAUUAUAAGCGGAAUAAGGAAUUCAUUUCUUCUGAUCGAAUAAUUAAGUAUCCCAUAAGGUAAGCAUGAAAUAAUUGGAACAUGUUUCGAACAAAUGAUUUUCAAACUCGCGGUAUUCAUUAACAAUGAAGUGUUGAAUACUUUAUACCUCGAAUGGGUAUGGUUACAAUUACUUGUUUAAGUGUCUUAUAGUCGUUAUCGCUAUUAAAAUGUUAUUUUGCUGAUGGUUCUAGAAGUUUUAACUACGUAGUUAUACUUGUUGCAUCUGUGUAUCCAAACAUUGAUGCGCAUGUGUUGAUUUAAAAUCAAUCACUAUCGAUUAAAACGCAUAACUGAUGCGCUGUAAAUGUAGGUCAUAACGUUUUUGACGAAGUAAAUUUUGUGAUACACUCGAUCGUCAGAGUUGACACCAAAUUGAUCUUUAAGAAGCGAUUCUACAGUAAUACGAAAUAAUAAAGAUUAAGUAAUGGCGGAUCCCAACCCACACGCAAUGAUGACAUGCCCUUACAAUCCGACGCAUCAAGUUGAGAAAUAUAGACUACAAGUGCACAUAGGGAAGUGUGCGAAACAAUAUAGUAAAGGGACAAAAGCAAUUUGCCCGUUUGAUUCUACACAUGUGGUGAAUGACCCAGAGCUAGACUUCCACAUUACGGUGUGUCCAAAGCGGUCUAUGCUGGACACCCAGUUGUAUAUAACAGAUGAUGACUACACACCGACAGUCGGUCUUGCUGCACCAGCUCCCGCAGUACCUUCAGAAGAAAACUGGGAUGAAGCAUGUUGUGUUUCUUACAACCCAGAACUAAAGAAGAACCCGCCUCAUGUUAUUACAAAAUUAAAAGGCGCAACACCUUCUGAGCGAAGGAAAAAACGUAUGGAAGGUGUCAAGAAUUAUAAACCACCACAACCCUAAUUCUUUAAAAAAAAAUCAUAUAAAUUUAACCCCUAAAUUAGAGUUCCCCAAACUUGUCGUAGACCCCUUGCCAUGUUUUUCCGUGUUGUGUAGACCCCCUACUUACCUGAUACUGAUUUCCUGUAUAUUUCUAACUGGAGUGAAGUUAAUGUUACAAACUUAAAGAAACACAUGUUAAUUUAUACAUAUAUUAAAUAAAUUUCAAUUAAAACUACUCAAAAUAAUGUAUAUGUUUUGAUAAGAUAGUAUGAUGUAAGUAAAUAGGUACUAUCAGUGUAUCUGUAGAGUUACUAUCGUGGACCCCUAUUUUCAUUUCAUGGCCCCCAAUAUUUUUUUCGCUGAUGUAGACUUCUUGCAGGUUGUUAGACCCUAGGGUCCGAUAUAGACCACUUUGAAAAUCUGCCUUAAAUGAAUGUAUCUAUAUAUGUGUAAAAAAUUUUGAAAAAAUCUUUUUUUUUCCAUUAUUCUAUGUUCAAUUGUUACCUGUUUCAAUUUGUAUUUGAAAAAAAAAAUGCAAUCAAAGGUUCCUCGAAUAGCAAUUUAAUUUGUAAUUUUUUCCCUUAGAGACCUUUAACGGAACAGUUCUCUUUGUAUUGUGGUAAUGAGCAAUGUAUCAUUUAAUAUUCGGCCAUUUUUCUAUAAAAAAACUAAAAAAAAUGUCCAAACAACAAAAAACAAUGUUGAUUUUUUUUGGUAUCAGGAAUCUUUGAAUAAUACUGUUUUUUAGAAGACAGGGCUAUAUGAGGUAAAGACUCCUACUGGAAAAAUUGCUAGCCAGUUGCGAAAUAGCGUUUAACAGUCAUCUUGAGGUAACACGUAAAAAUGUUCCGUAACUUUAUUUCUUUUUAAAGAAAAAAAUCUUCAACUUUCAUAUUUUUUGAGAUACGUAUUUUUACGUAGGAACCAUUUAUAUGUUUAACUUUGAAAAUAUAAGUUCAAAUAUUAACGGAUCUAGCAAGAAAAAUGCCUAAAUUGACAAAAUUUCGUAAAAACAAAAAAUGUUUUUAAUUUUUUGAAAAAUUUUUUGUACGUAUUUAAUCGACUUUAAUUUUUCUAUUUGGAUAUAAGUUUUAUGUUUGUUUGUAAAUUGCUUAAACACAAGAGAUCAUCUUAAAAUGUGGUUCAGUUUCGUAAAAAAAUACUCAAUGGAAUCCAGACUUGAACUGGGGUAUAACUAUUCAAUAAUAAGGGCUAAAAUUCAACCCUUAAAUAGCGGAGAGUUAUAAAUCGCAUUUGGCUACAAUCGAUUUUAUUUUAAAAUCAGCCUGUUUGUUACCUUUGACUGAUGUUCAAAUUAAAAAACAAAAAGGCGCAUAUUACGAAAAUAUAAAAAAAAAUGUAUUGAUUUUUUUUACUAUUUUUCCCCUUAAGUAAAAAACACAGUAAAAGGUACAUUUAUAUGUUUUGUAAUUUAAUUUGAAAAAAUCAGGCUUUUAAGGGUUAAAUACGGUCAAAUUAUUCCUUCAAAUUGCUAAGUUCGCUUGCAUUACGGUGCUUAUUGAAGACUUAGCUAUACUUCUAUCUCAUUAAAUAACUUAUAAUUAUAUAUGUAGCGCUUAAAGAACGAAUUAUUUUUAAAAAAUCUACUGAAGUAGAGAUUUUUUAUUUUAGUGUUAAAAAAUUUUUUUUUUGCUAUAAAAGUUUUGUCGAUAUAAGGUUGAAAAAAUCUACACUUGAUUUUUAAAGUUGCUAAGUUCGCUUGCAUUAUGGUGCUUAUUAAAGACUUAACUAUACUUUUAUCGCACUAAGUUAGUAAGUUACAGCCGAAUAUUGAAACAAUUAUAUAUAGCGCUUGAAAAACGAAUUAUUUUUUAAAAAAUCUACUUAAGUUCUCUAACGCGAGAUUUUGUUUUUAGUGUUUGAAAAAUUUUUUUGUUACAAAAUUUUCGUCGAAUUAAGGUUGAAAAAAUCUACACUUGAAUUCUAAAGUUAAUUAGAAUUGUGAUUUGUCAUAUUUGUUAAGAAGAUUUUAAUUUCGUUUAAAAAUUCGGCCAUUAUUGUAUAAAUGUUUAAGUUCAUUUUGUUACUUUCUAAGUUACCUAUUUUAGUCUUAAGAUUGUAAUAAGUUAUGUGCCAUGUGAUGGCAACCGCUCAACUAUCUAUAACUUUGGGAAAAUGUAAAAAAUCUUAAGAUUUUACGAUUUUUUUUCCGAAAAUAUAUGUAAAAAAUUAUUUUUUAAUAUGUAAAAAUGUUAAAAAACUCUAUAUUGUUUAAUGUACUUAACAAGGUUAAAAACGAAUUAAGGUCCCGUUUAAUUGUAUUAUUUAAAAAAAUAUUAAAAUAAGUAUUUACAAGUCUGUAUUCAUUAACAAAAAAUAUUUUUUCUGACAUGUAUAACCAAAAAAAUAUAUUUUUUUAUCUUCUUAGAUAAUUGGUUAAAGUUUUCUCAAUACGACUCUGUAGAAAAAAAUAAUGAUUAGGAAGUCUAAGAAAAAAAUCAUCACCAGCUCACCCACUCAGGCUCGGAGCCUACACUAAGGUAACCAGAAAUUAGUAACUGCACUUUACACAUAUCUUUGAAUUUCUUUACCUAUAUUCUAUUGAUGUUUCCCUUCACCUAAACGUCAGGUUUCGAACCCUAGAUCUGUGGAUGUCAAGUGCUUAAACCCCCAAACCAUUGAGGCUCGAGGAACAUUUUUUUAAUUUUUCGUUUAGCAACAAUUUUUGCCAUAUAAGGGCCUGUCCCACCACUUGUUGAUAGCUCAGAUAGCUAAUUGUCACUGUCAGAUAAGGUAACAAAAAAUGCCAUCAUAUGUUUUUCUAUGGAUUGUUACCAGACUUAAAAUUUGGUGAGAAAAACCCUUAUCCAGUGACAGUAUUUUUAUAAUUUACUUGUACAGAACCUUUGCAAUAUCUUAUUUUAGGGUAAUGGUUAAAUGACUGUUAUUGUCCCUAUGUAGUUUUUUUAUAAUAAAAAAUUACAAUAGUGGGCAAUUAAUUAUUGAUGAAUGUUUGUUUAGUUAACCAUUUAAUGUAUUGAUGUCUGAAAUGUUGUGAAAAGUAAAUGUAUAAGAAAUUUAA